AAUCGAGGUAAGUAGGGUCCACAGUUUACACUGUUCCAAAACUAUAAUCCUUAUAUCCCUUCAUUCCUUCUCACUUCACAAUUUUCCAUUCCGAACCAAAUUCCAUUUCAUUCCAAAACCCUAAUUUCGUUCCCAAUCGCAGAUCUUCACUCUCCAUAGAUUUUUGGCUCUUCCACCUUUCUCAAACCAUGCAUAAAUUGGGGAGAGGUCAUCGGGAUAAAGUCCAGCAGUUUGUAACCAUAACUGGAGCUAGCGAGAAAGUGGCAAUGCAGGCUCUGAAGGCUAGUGAUUGGAAUCUUGAAGGAGCAUUUGAUUAUUUUUACAGCCAACCUCAGCUUAGAACCUUCACUGAUACUAGACACUUGGAGGAGCUAUACAAUAGAUAUAAAGAUAAAUAUAUUGAUAUGAUUUAUGCAGACGGCAUCACCCUCCUCUGCAAUGAUAUCCAGGUGGAUCCGCAAGACAUAGUAAUGUUAGUUCUUUCAUGGCACAUGAAGGCUGGCACUAUGUGUGAAUUUUCCAAGAAGGAGUUCACUGAAGGCUUACAAUCUUUGGGGAUUGAUUCGCUUGAGAAGUUCCGUGAAAAGAUACCAUAUAUGCGCUCUGAGCUGAAAGAUGAACAAAAAUUUCGCGAGAUAUAUAACUUUGCUUUUGGCUGGGCAAAAGAGAAGGGUCAAAAAUCUCUGGCUUUGGAUACAGCUAUUGGAAUGUGGCAAUUAUUAUUUGCUGAGAAGCAGUGGCCACUGGUUGAACAUUGGUGCCAAUUCCUGCAGGCUCGGCAUAACAAAGCAAUAUCUAGGGAUACAUGGUCUCAACUUUUGGAGUUUGCAAAGACUGUCAGCUCAAAUUUAUCCGAUUAUGAUGCUGAAGGUGCUUGGCCAUAUCUUAUUGACGAGUUUGUCGAUUAUCUGAAUGAGAAUGGUGUUAACCAACAUGGUCAGAUAACCGAUUCUAGUCUAAAACGAUGAUUCAUUCGGUAAAAUGCUAUUUAAGAAUAUUUGAUCUAUGGUCUUUUGUGACGGACUUGUGAUUGUUAAGGGGGGGGGGAUUAGGUCCAAAAGGGGGAUUAAGUCUAAAUAUUUAAAAAGAAGAGGACAUUGCUGCUAGAGCAAACUCAUUCAUGCUGACAAGUAGUAGCAUCAGUUUCAUGUGAGAUUGUUUAUAUAGUACAUGAAUUUCGUUGGGAGGUAUUGUGGAAUUAGUACUGGGAAACUACUGAUACCAUGUUAUAAUUUGUUGUCCCUUUAACAAUUUAUUCUUGUACAAUGUCUGGUUAGAUAAUAUAUAUUGGUUCCUUUCCUUGUUUUA